GCGGCGGCGUCGUCGUCGUCGGGGGGACUCUGCUGCGAGUUCUGACUCGUUGCCGCGGCCUUACCUUCGAUUUGCGCCUGCCGACAGACCGACCGGCCGCUCGAGGUCGAGAAGGGGGAACAAGAGACGUAGCCCCGCAGAAACUCGUCGUUCGUCGUUGUUCUUGCGUGGUGGCGCGGGUGGUGUUAUCGCACUACAUAACGCACGUCGCUGCCCCCACGGAGAGCGUUCUAUUCUCGUCGCUCGAUCGAGGCGAGGCGAAUCGGAGAGAAAGGGGCACGAAACUCAAGUACUCUGUUCAGUUCGUCCGGAAGAAAUCGACCGAUCUUGUCGAAGCGGGAAGCAGAGCAGAACAGCGAGCGCCUUCGGUGGUUGAUUCGGUCGCUCGGUCGCGCAGGUGGAUAAAAUCAGAGCCAAAUUAUUAAUUUUGAGCUGCGCCGAGUGGACGACGGGGUUCGGGUGGAGUCGGGCGGCGGUGCGAUCUCACCACCUGCGGGUGCUCCAUCCGUCGUCUUCGGCGGCGGUGGUAGAGCUGAGCUGGUCUGGGCGGGGAAUCCAGUUCAAGAGCAACAAUGGCUCGAUCGGGGGGAAUGAUCGAGCAGACAUUCGUGGUGACCAUCUUCGUCUUCAUCAUGGGAGCGCUCGCUCCGUUAGUGAACGCACAGGCGCCCGCUCCGGGCCCCGUCCCAACUUCUGACGGUUACGCCAUCGACCAGAGCGUCGCUUACACGCUCCUCUUCUUGGCGCUGGUGUUGACGUACCUCAUCCACCCUCUGGACGCAUUUCCUAGCUUCUUCUGAGUGACGACGACGGGAUUAAGAAGAAAUUCCUCGAGCGUCUUGGAUCAGAGCUCCAGGUCGGGAUGAGAAUCGGAGGCGCAGAGAGGAAUGGUGGCGCACCACGGAUGACGAAGAAUUCGAGGGUGCGAUGCAGCAGCCGCUUGCGACAGACGUCCUGACGGAAGCGCGGCGAGCAGGGCAGAACGCCGAGCUGUUCGAGUCGCAGGGCUCGGUUCUUUCUUUUCUUCAAGAUCCUCGCAUUGUCCAUUUUUCGGAUUGUAUUCGGUUUGCGAAUUUUGUUCAUGCACUGCGGAAGGAGGCGGCGGGCAGUCGCACCACUUCCGAUCAUUCAUUACAUUGUGAUACUUACACUCGACGCAAAAGAAGCCUGACUUCAUUUAUCCACUUGCUGGAUGUACAAUAGAUAGUAGCUCUGCUAGACGGGCACAUCGUCCUUCUUCCAAGAUUUUCAGUCCCCAGAUAGAACGGGGGCAUUGUUGACUAAAUUCUUCGUGCCUUCAAUGUUCAAAGCAUUCUCUCAAUGAACGAGCUGAGGGGUCGUUCGUAACGAUUCCGAAUCCGAGAGAUUUUGGUGAAUGCUGUGGUUUGUGCUUGAAACGUGUGGCAUAUGAGCUG